AUGGGGUCGGAGUAUAACUUUAGAAGACUGAUCGUUUCUGACUUUGCCUUUCCUCCCACCUCGCACAUUUCACCCAUUGAGCAGUUUCCCUCAUUAUUGCACACGAUGGCGGGUUUGCAGAAAGCCCCGUCCCACAAGAGCAAGAGACGCGGAUCAGAAGUCACAGGCCAUGUCUCGCUCCAGGCUGCAGACAGCGAGCUGCUGGCUACGCUGGGAUACAAGCAGGAACUGAGACGGCACUACUCGACUGUACAGAUCUUCGCGGUUGCUUUUAGCAUCAUGGGUCUUUUGCCGUCGAUUGCCACCACGCUGUCGUUUUCCAUGCCUGCUGGUCCGGUGGGGAUGGUUUGGGCUGAUAUAGCCUCCGCAAUGCCCACCGCCGGCGGCCUCUACUUCUGGACGCACCACUUCGCCGCCGAGAAGUGGAAGAAGCCACUGAGCUUUCUAGUCGGAUACAGCAACACCAUCGGCUUAGUAGGUGGGAUCUGCUCAAUUGACUAUGGAUUCGCCAACAUGCUCCUCUCGGUGAUAUCCCUAGCCCGAGAUGGCAACUGGUCUGCCACACGGCCAGUUAUAUAUGGCACGUACGCUGCGACGGUCUUCACGCACGCUUUCAUAGCCAUCUUCUUCGCCAGAGUCAUGCCCAGAAUUCAAUCCAUCUGUAUCUUCCUUAACAUCGCUUUAGUCGUGGCUACUGUCAUUGCCUUACCGAUCGGUAAAAAGCACAAUAACCCACCCGUCAAUUCGGGUGAGUAUGUCUUUGCUUCUGUGACGAACCUCACAUCGUGGCCGACAGGCUGGGCGUUCAUGUUAUCGUGGCUGUCACCAAUUUGGACGAUCGGCGCCUUCGAUUCGUGCGUGCAUAUGAGUGAAGAAGCAACACAUGCAGCUCGUGCUGUUCCACUGGGUAUUAUUUCUUCAGCUGGGAUGUGUGGAGUUCUAGGUUUCGUUUCUUUGGCUGUUAUUGCUGCUUCAAUGGAUACGGAUAUUUCCGGUAUUCUUAAUUCGAAGUAUGGUCAGCCCAUGACUCAGAUAUACUAUGAUGCGCUGGGCAAGAAUGGCGCGCUGGGGUUUAUGGUUGUUGUGAUGAUCGUGCAGUUCUUCAUGGGACUUAGCAUUGUCUUAGCCGCCUCUCGACAGAGUUGGGCCUUUUCUCGAGACGGCGCCUUGCCAUUCUCGGUUUUCUUCCGAAAAGUAAGCCAACAUGCUUGGAUGCGAUACCAGCCUGUCCGAAUGGUAUGUGGUGUCGCUGUCGUUGCUGUCAUCAUCGGUCUCCUUUCACUCAUUGACAACACCGCUGCCAACGCCCUCUUCUCCCUCGCUGUGGCCGCGAACGAUCUCGCUUGGCUGACGCCAAUCCUGGCACGUUUGGUCUGGGGUAAUGAGCUUUUCGUUCCUGGUGAGUUCUAUACAGGGAAGUAUCUCAGUAAACCGAUCGGUUGGGUUGCUGUUAUCUACAUGGUUUUCGUUAUUGUUCUGAGUAUGAUUCCCACCGAGGGACCGAAUCCGUCUGCGGAAAAUAUGAACUACACAGUUGUUAUUAAUGGUAGUCUCUGGGCCGGCUCGUUGCUUUAUUAUUAUGCAUAUGCUAGGAAGACCUUCAAGGGACCACAGACAACGGUCAGCCUGGAGGAUGAGGGUAUGGCUAUGGAGAAGACCAUUUAA